GCCAGCUGGGCUUCUGCCGGCCGGCCGGCCCACUCAGCUGUGUCCUACCGCCCGCCGGCUUUGGGGGAGCUGCCGAGCCCGUCCCUCCCAGGCUCAGGGAGAGAGCGCACCCCGAGCCUGGGAAGCCACCUCUGCUCCAGCGGUCUGUCCCAGGGAGCAGCCCGCCAGCCCUGCUCCCUGCCAUGAGGAAGGCACCCACCCUGCUCCUCCUCCUCCUCCUCCUCCUCACUGGGGCUUCCCUCUUCUGCAACGAGAGGAAUAUGUGCAGUGCUAAAUCCAGGCUCUGGAAUGAGACAGGGAACUGCAAAAUGGCCAAUGCAGAAGAGAAGCUAAUGGACUUUCUUCUGAACAAGACUAGGUACAAUAACUUAAUUCGUCCAGCUGCCAACUUUUCCCAGUUGGUAUCUAUCAAGCUGCAAGUGAUCCUAGCCCAGCUCAUAAGUGUGAAUGAACGGGAGCAGAUCAUGACCACCAAUGUCUGGUUGAAACAGGAGUGGACAGACUACCGCCUGGCUUGGAACUCAUCCCAGUACGAAGGCGUGAACAUCCUCAGGAUCCCAUCAAAGCGCAUCUGGCUACCAGAUAUCGUGCUUUAUAACAAUGCUGAUGGCACCUAUGAAGUGUCUGUGUAUACCAACGCUGUGGUAUCCUCGAACGGCAGCAUUUUCUGGUUGCCCCCAGCCAUCUACAAGAGCUCCUGCAAGAUCGAAGUGAAGCACUUUCCCUUCGACCAGCAGAACUGUACCCUCAAAUUCCGCUCCUGGACCUACGAUCACACCGAAAUCGACAUGGUCCUCAAGACCCCCACGGCCAGCAUGGACGAUUUCACCCCCAGUGGAGAGUGGGACAUCAUCGAGCUCCCGGGCCGGAGGACGGUCAACCCCUUGGACCCCAGCUAUGUGGAUGUAACUUAUGAUUUUAUCAUUAAAAGGAAGCCCCUUUUUUAUACCAUUAACCUCAUCAUUCCCUGUGUACUUAUUACAUCUCUGGCUAUCUUGGUGUUCUACCUGCCCUCAGACUGUGGGGAGAAGAUGACAUUGUGCAUCUCAGUGCUGUUAGCCCUCACUGUGUUCCUCUUACUGAUUUCCAAAAUCGUGCCCCCGACCUCCCUGGAUGUCCCCCUCAUUGGCAAGUAUCUCAUGUUCACCAUGGUGUUAGUGACCUUCUCUAUCGUCACCAGUGUCUGUGUUCUCAACGUGCACCACCGCUCUCCCAGUACACACACAAUGGCCCCCUGGGUCAAGAUACUUUUCCUUGAGAGGCUCCCCACUUUCUUGUUCAUGAAACGCCCAGAGAAUAACCCCAGCAGGCUCCAGUUUGACCAGCGCCGGAGGAACAGGUCCGAGUCCCCCCAGCAUGCCAGCACAGGCGACCUCUACAAGAAUUCCAUGUACUUUGUGAAUCCCACUUCAGCACCAAGGACAGCGGGGGGUCCUGAGAGUUCUGGGGGCCAGAAGGAUUUCCGCCUAAGAUCCUCCAAGAGGUACCAGCCAGAAGUACAGGAAGCCAUCGAUGGCGUGAGCUUCAUAGCAGACCACAUGAAAAGCGACGAUAGCGACCAAUGUGUCAUUGAAGACUGGAAAUACGUGGCCAUGGUAGUGGACAGGCUCUUUCUCUGGAUAUUUAUCUUCGUCUGUGUCCUUGGGACUGCUGGUUUGUUCCUGCCUCCUCUCUUUCAAAACUACUCUCCACCCUAGGGUCUUUGACUGUUCCACUACCCUUACACCCCCCUGCAGAUGUCCAGCAAGAGGAGCUUUGUUCAGUGAGGGCUGGGGUCUCUUAGAAAGUGAUGUCAUUUCUGUCUUGAGAGAGAGAGAAAGAGAGAGA